AUGCCAAGCCAACAGAAGAAAGUCAUUUUUUGCAUGGCUGGGAUGUUAAGCUUUGUGUGUGCCCUCGGGGCUGUGGCAGCCCUGGGGACACCUUUGUGGAUCAAAGCCACCUUCCUCUGCAAAACUGGGGCUCUGCUCGUCAAUGCCUCGGGCCAGGAGCUGGACAAGUUCAUGGGCGAGAUGCAGUACGGGCUUUUCCAUGGAGAGGGCGUGAGGCAGUGCGGGCUGGGAGCAAGGCCCUUUCGGUUCUCAUUUUUCCCAGAUUUGCUCAAAGCCAUCCCAGUGAGUAUCCACGUCAAUGUCCUUCUUUUCUCCACGAUCCUUAUCGUUUUAACCCUGGUGGGGACAGCCUUCUUCAUGUACAAUGCUUUCGGCAAGCCCUUUGAAACUCUGCAUGGUCCACUGGGGUUGUAUCUCUUGAGCUUCAUUGCUGCUGCCCUUUGGCUGCCAGCCACGAGCCAUCAGGCACACGGCUCCUGCGGCUGUCUUGUCAUGAUAUUGUUUGCCUCUGAAGUGAAAAUCCACCACCUCUCAGAAAAAAUUGCAAAUUAUAAAGAAGGGACUUAUGCCUACAAAACGCAAAGUGAAAAAUACACCACUUCAUUCUGGGUGGUUUUCAUUUGCUUUUUCGUUCACUUUUUGAAUGGGCUUCUAAUACGAUUUGCUGGAUUUCAGUUCCCUUUUGCAAAAUCUAAAGACACAGAGACAACUAAUGUAGCUGCAGAUCUAAUGUACUGA